UCUAGCUCUCUAGUGCUAGCUCCUCGUUACAACGCUAAACUCAGUCGCCCAUUUCCAACCAUGAGACCGAAUGUCGGCAUUAUUUAAUCCUAGGAGAGCCUCAGUGGCCAAUUCAACUUUAUAUGUAAACAUUCAUCUUGCUACUUUCUCUGUUACCUAGUAUCGUUUGCAUUUGGGUGUACCAAGUAUUUGUUGAUAGCGCCCCAUUACCUGAGCUGCUAUUCUCCCGAUUCGAAUACGUCAUUGUAUUAUUAUUUAGAGAGUGACGUGAUGGCGCUGUCUGGAGUAGAGGUUUCCAAGCAUGAUAGCAAGGAGUCUUGCUGGGUGGUAAUUCAUGGGAAAGCGUACGAUGUCACGGAAUUCUUACCUGAGCAUCCGGGUGGGAUGGGUAUUAUCUUAAAGUAUGCCGGGAAAGAUGCAACUGAAGAAUUCGAGCCUAUACAUCCUCCGGAUACUCUAGACAAGUAUCUGGACAAAUCGAAGCACUUAGGGCCCGUCGAUCUAAGCACCGUUGCUAAGGUGGCGGAAGAAGAGGAUCCCGAGGAGGCUGAGCGGCAACAGCGCAUUUCGAACAAGCCGUUAUUAUCACAAUGCUAUAACCUGAUGGAUUUCGAGUCGGUUGCCAAAAGCACCAUGAAGAAGGGUGCUUGGGGUUACUACUCCAGUGCCGCAGAUGAUGAGAUAACUUUACGAGAAAACCAUGAAGCUUUUCAUAGGAUAUGGUUCAGGCCGAGAAUUUUGGUUGACGUAAAGAAAAUAGACUUUUCAACCACGAUGCUGGGAACUAAGGUCGACAUGCCUUUCUAUGUUACCGCGACGGCGCUUGGAAAAUUGGGACACCCCGAGGGUGAAGUUGUAUUGACCAAAGCCGCCAAGAAGCACAAUGUCGUGCAGAUGAUUCCCACAUUAGCGUCAUGCUCAUUUGACGAGAUUAUGGAUGCAGCGGAAGGCGACCAGGUGCAAUGGCUACAGCUCUACGUCAACUCGGAUCGAGCGAUUACCGAGCGCAUUGUUAAACACGCUGAAAAGCGAGGAUGCAAGGGGCUGUUUAUUACGGUCGAUGCUCCUCAAUUGGGGCGAAGAGAGAAGGACAUGCGAACCAAAUUCACGGAUAAGGGCUCCAACGUCCAAUCGGGUCAAGAAACGGAUAACUCUCAGGGAGCCGCGCGAGCUAUCUCAUCCUUCAUCGACCCAGCAUUGACUUGGAAAGACAUCCCGUGGUUCCAAUCCAUCACCAAGAUGCCCAUCAUCCUCAAGGGCGUGCAGCGGGUCGAGGACGUGAUCAAGGCGAUCGAGCACGGCGUCCAGGGCGUCGUGCUCUCGAACCACGGCGGCCGGCAGCUCGACUUCGCGCGGUCCGGCGUCGAGGUCCUGGCCGAGACGAUGCCGGUCCUGCGCGACAUGGGGCUCGAGGACAAGAUCGAGAUCUUCGUGGACGGCGGCGUGCGCCGCGCCACCGACAUCAUCAAGGCGCUGUGCCUGGGCGCCAAGGGCGUCGGCAUCGGCCGCCCCUUCCUCUACGCCAUGUCCGCCUACGGCCUCGACGGCGUCGACCGCGCCAUGCAGCUCCUGCGCGACGAGAUGGAGAUGGGCAUGCGCCUCAUCGGCGCCACCAGCGUCGACCAGCUCAACCCCUCGCUCGUCGACGUGCGGAACCUGGGCGCCCACGUCACGGGCGUGCCGAGGGACAGUCUUGGGCACAAGGUCUACGACCCCCUCGCUACGCCGGCGUUUAAGGCUCCUAAGUCGAAGCUGUGAAAAGUAGAGGACUGGAGAGGAGAAGGGGAUAGAGAAAUUUUCCUUGCUAUAUGUGUGAGAUACCGAUGUGGCAUACCUUGUUCAGUAUGGAUUUUGGAUUUACUACCUGCUUGGAUUACGUGUAUUCAGAUAUAUAUACCUACCUAUCACGUUCCUGUUACUUCAACUAUUCUCUUUUAGUUACUACCUAACUCUAUCUAACAUACAUACAUGGCCUAGGGGUAGAUAAAGCUUAAAAUCGAUCUAUCCCGUG